AUGACUAUUAGGGAGUAUGCAGCGAAAUUUGUGGAGCUAUCACACUUCGCUCCAUUUCUGAUCCCGAACGAGGUCAAGAAGGCCAGGAAAUUUGAAAAAGGCCUGAGACGCAGAAUCUACGAGUUGGUGGUGGGAUUUCAGGUCCAAAAUUUCUCAGAUUUAGUAUAUAAGGCUUCAGUGCUGGAAAAGAGCAUCCAGAGCAGCACAAAGCCUACAAAGCAUAAGAAGAGGUCUGCACCAUCUAGUUUUCAAGCUGAGGUUAGUCAGGGAUCAAGAAAGAAAGGGAAAGAGGCAGUCGAUUCAAGGUGCAGUAAACCGGGGCAUAUUAAGAAGAUAUGUCGGGAACCGUUAUAUGUUGUAGCUGCACAGAAUCAAGAUCGAGGAAAAUAG